AUGGCAUCAAUCAAAAAAGAACAGUAUGCUAUUGCGCCUAGAUCCCGCGUUCUAGUCACAGGUGCCAAUGGCUUUAUUGGUUCGCACGUUGUCCAGCAACUCUUAUCCCUUGGAUACGUUGUGCGAGGCACCGUGCGCUCCCAGAAGCCGUGGCUCGACGAACUUUUCAGAUCCAAAUACGGUCCCAACAGUUUCGAGUCGGUUGUUAUUCCAGACUUGAGUGACUAUGACACUUUGAGAAAGGCAAUGAGGGAUGUUAGCGGUGUCAUUCAUGUGCUCUGCCCAGCUAUGAGAAAUAUGAGCAGCUCUAGAUGA